AUUCAAUCUCCCAUACACACAGACCCACUGCGAGACGGACACACACUCACACUCAGACACACAACUGCACGGAGCGAGGCUUGGGAAGUCAGGUCGCCUCCUCGCCUCGGCGCCUUCUUCGCUCCAGCCAGCCGGUUCUCCCCUGGGGCCCGGAGCUUGGUCGGGCCGCGCCGCCCCAAAACAGGACGAGCUCGGCGGACCCCGGUUCCUCCAUGGGCAAACGCGGGCGGCCGCGCAAGGAGGCGCGCUGCGAGGGUGCGGGGCUGGCCCCCGCCGCGCCCCCGGCCGUGACCGCGCCCGAGCCCCCGGCCCAGCCAGAGGAGCUCGCGGGGGCCAAGCUCAGGUGCCCCUUCUCGGACAUUUUCAACACCAGCGAGAACUCGAUGGAGAAGCACAUCAACACUUUUCUGCAGAACGUGCAGAUUCUGCUCGAGGCCGCCAGCUACCUGGAGCAGAUCGAGAAAGAAAACAAAAAGUGUGAACAUGGCUACGCCUCAGCGUUCCCCUCCAUGCCGAGCCCCCGGCUGCAGCAUUCAAAGCCCCCACGGAGGUUGAGCCGGGCACAGAAACACAGCAGCGGGAGCAGCAACACCAGCACUGCCAACAGGUCUACACACAAUGAGCUGGAAAAGAAUCGACGAGCUCAUCUUCGCCUGUGUUUAGAACGCUUAAAAGUUCUGAUUCCACUAGGACCAGAUUGCACCAGGCACACAACACUUGGUUUGCUCAACAAAGCCAAAGCACACAUCAAGAAACUUGAAGAAGCUGAAAGGAAGAGCCAGCACCAGCUAGAGAAUUUGGAACGAGAACAGAGAUUUUUAAAGCGGCGACUGGAACAGCUGCAGGGUCCUCAAGAGAUGGAACGAAUACGAAUGGACAGCAUUGGAUCAACUAUUUCUUCAGAUCGUUCUGAUUCAGAGCGAGGCUCCGGACGCGCAGGCUCAGCGGCCAUGGCUCACGGGCCCAGCUGCUCCGCGGCAUGUGGGAUCUCCCCAUACCGGGGCACGAACCCGUGUCCCCUCCAUCGGCAGGCGGACUCUCAACCACUGUGCCACCAGGCAAGCCCUGAGGAGAUUGAAGUGGAUGUUGAAAGCACAGAGUUCUCCCAUGGAGAAGUGGACAAUAUCAGUACCACCAGCAUCAGUGACAUUGAUGACCACAGCAGCCUGCAGAGUAUUGGGAGUGACGAGGGUUACUCCAGUGCCAGUGUCAAACUUUCAUUCACUUCCUAGAACCCAGCAUGGCAUAACAGUGCAGGGCAAAAUAUUCACUGGGCCAGUUCAAUCCAAACAAUCUCUUAAAUUGGGUUCAUGAUGCAGUCUCCUCUUUAAAGCUAAACAAAACUAUACUUGAAUGGAAGGGUCAAGAGACCUCUGUUUAAGCAAAUACUUAGCAAAAAGUGGAGCAGAGGCUCCCUCAGCAGAACAAAUAUUCUAAUAUUCAUAUCUGAAAAUCAGUUUCUAAUGGCAGCAGAAAACGUGUGAAAUUUUCUCGAUUUGAUUUAGUUGACUUGAAAGAGGACAUUGGAGAUUCCAUCCUCUUUUUCUUUUCAAGUUUGCUCAUACUACAUUGAUUGAGUAGACACAUUUAAGGAUGGGAUUAUGAACACUUACUGAGCUUUUUUGGUCCUAAAAACAAAAAUCAAACCUAUAGUAAUGACAAGACAAGAUAAUCAGGCAUUAAUCUUGGAUAGCUAAAGAACUAUUAAAACUCAAGCCUGGGACAGCUUCUCAUGAAGCCUGUGGAUGAUCAGUUCUUUAAAAAAAAAAAAAAGCUCAUUUCAUGCUCUGCAAAAGGAGAGACUCCCAUGAAGCCUUUUGAAAGGGAUCAUCAUGCAGCUCAGCUUUCUGUUGGAUUCCAUGCUAAGCAAGCUAACCUUAUCCAGCAUUGUUAGCACUAGGGCACCCAACCGCCAGCUCUACAGUCAGCUGCCCUUAGGCCCUUGGGUCUGUGUGCAUGACACCCUCUACCACACAGGGCCUGAGUUCGGAUAGAGGGGCCAGAAGGAAAAAGCUCCAUGUGCCUCUGUGUCUGCGUGGCCAGAAGAGUUGUGCACACAGAUUAGCAGGCCAAGGUCUGAGCCAUGGCAGCAUUUUUAUUUCAGAUUUUGAUAACUGUUUGUAUGUGUUGAAAACCAAAAUGACAUCUUUUUAAAGCUUGUCCAUAAAAAACAUAGACGUCUUUUAUAGUGAAAAACACAUGGGAAAAAAUCAUCUAUUUUGAUGCAGCAUUUGAUAAUGAUAAAACAAACACCUCACACCUCACUCUUUAUAGUGCACAAAAUGAAUGAGGUCUGGGCUAAGUAGAAAAAAGGUCAAUGCUGUUUUUGUUUUCUUUUAGAAUCAUUACCUUUUACCAUCUUUUAACCAUCUGAUAUCUAUAGUAGACAUACUAUCAUAGUUAACAUAGUUAAGUUCGGCACUUGUCUCAUUUUAAUGUAAAGAUUUGCUUCUGUUUUCCUACAGGCAGUCUCUCUCCCUCACAAUCCCAUUGUGCAGGUGAUAUUGUUGCUCUUGUCAAUAUUUUCAGAAAUGUUAUUUUAAGUGAAAUUCUAGCCUGCACUUUGAUGUCACGUGUUCCCUUUUUGUCUUUCAAACUCCCAGGUUCUCCCCUGGCCCUCUCCCUUACCCCAGGAAGCCUUGGAGACCUUACCCUGGCUCUUUGGACUUUGUAUACUUUAAAUAAUUUAACUACCCUUAAUUACUUAAAAAAGAAAAAAAAAAAGCUUUAUGAUUUUCAUAACUUAUUGCUGAUUUUAAUGGGUUAAUUUCAGUCCUGUAGUUUUAUUUUGUUUAGAUAGGGCUGGGCAAGGAAAAAGAAAAUAAAGACAACCAUAUUUAGCAGUGCA